UUUCCUUCUUAGUGCUUGCAUAUCUAUGUGUAUGCGUGUGCGUACUGACGGGUGUGUAUAUGUCUAUUAUUAUUCAUCGCACUUUGCCAGUGGUCAUGGCUGUGAGUGAUUUUACGGCGAACUUAUGGCAAAGCUGUUCUUGACCGGAGCUUUCACAAAGAAACAAUAUAUAUAUAAAUUCAUGUCUACAAAUAUAAUUAAUGAAAAAAAGAAGAGUAAAUCGUAGCACUGUGCAAGAUAUAUAAUUGCUGUCACAAAACAAUUCUUUUUGUAAUAUAUUGAGAUCCUCUGUGAUAUGGAUACCGCAACGUUCCAACGAUUUUUAUCAGGGCUACUACUGGUUACCUUUUUUCUCCCUCCAGUAAAGACAUCAUCAUCAUCAUUCUCCACUACUUUAUCAAACAAUGUGUAUUUAAAUGCAUCAGGCUUUCUCAAUAUAUCUCAAAUUUGGCAGCUUAAGUCAAAUUCUGGACUUUCUUUUCGGACUUGUUCCAAUGGUAAAUUACUUCAUCAAGUUGGUGCUACUGGUAACAGCUUAACAUUAACACUGAACAAUGGAGUUUUGAACCUUGAAUGGCAAAUAAACAGUUCUCUUUCUAAUGUGACAGUAGGUGAGAAUUUAAAUGACAAUGCCUGGUAUUUUGUAAAGUUUGAAUUUCUCCUGGGCAAUCUUUCAAUUAUAGUGCAGAAAGGACCUGACAUAUUGUUUACAAAAUUAAUUGCAAACGACUCGUUCAACCAAAAUCUUUGGAAUGUUAAACUACAAAAUGGUUCAGCACUGCUGGUGGGAUUCAAUUUUACUGGUUGUUUGAUGUCUGGUCCAAAUAUUGACCUAACUUCAGCCAGCUCAACCGGAUUUGUAUACAAUGGCUGUCCAUCAACAUAUAACACUAACUGUUCUGAAACUAAAGUUGAUGUCAAUGAUUGCUAUUCUUAUCCAUGUCAGAAUGGAGGAACUUGUGUUGACCAGGACCAGGAUUAUAAAUGUACUUGUUUACCAACAUUUACUGGUCGGAACUGUGAUUUGAAUCUUGGAGACCAAAAAUGUGCCUUGAUGCCAUGUCUUAAUAAUGGUACUUGUGUCAACACAACUAAUUCAUUUGUAUGUAAUUGUCUGCCUGGUUUUACUGGAAUGUAUUGUAAUCUCAACAUUAAUGAGUGUGAAACAAAGCCAUGUACCUAUGGCAAUUGCAUUGAUGGGAUCAACAGUUUCACAUGUAAUUGCACUGGUACAGGCUACAAAGGUCAGACCUGCUCUGAAAAUGUAGAUGAGUGCAAGGAAUUAGUUAGACCUUGUAAUGGAUCCAAAUGUGUAGAUACUUUUGGCUCUUAUACUUGUCAAUGUGAAGAAGGAUAUGCUGGGCCCAUGUGUGAGGAGAUCAAUGAAUGCCUUUCAGGGCCCUGUCAAAAUGGUGGUACUUGUACUGAUUCAGUAAAUAAAUAUACGUGUGCAUGUAUUAAAGGUUUUACAGGUGACAAGUGUGAAACUAACAUCUUUGAUUGUUCAGCAAGUUCCUGUCCAUGGAAUAAUACUAUAUGUAAAGACAGAAUCAACAACUUUACCUGUGAAUGUAAACCUGGCUUUAAUGGUUCAGUAGAGGAUUGCAAGGACAUUAAUGAAUGUGACAGUGAUCCAUGUAAGAAUAAUGCAACUUGUAUUAACUUGGAGAACAAAUUUCAAUGUGACUGCAUUCUUGGUUUUAAUGGAAACACUUGCGACAAUAAUAUUGAUGAUUGUGAACCUUCUCCUUGCCAGAAUAAUGCUACUUGCCUUGAUGGCAUUAAUAACUAUACAUGUAAGUGUGCCGGAGGUUUUAAGGAUCGGAACUGUAGCACGAAUAUUGAUGACUGUGCUGAUAAGCCCUGCAAGAAUGGGGGUGUUUGCAUUGAUCUGAUACAAAACUACAAAUGUAAUUGUGCCCCUGGCUGGACUGGAGUAAACUGUUCUAAGGACUUUGACGAAUGUUCGUUGGGACUGUGUCAGAAUGGUGCUCAAUGCAAAAACCUUCUUAAUGAUUACAAUUGUUCCUGUGUACCUGGAUAUGAAGGUAAAAACUGCAGUAUAGAUAUUAAUGACUGUCUGAUCAACCCUUGUCAAAAUGGAGGAAAAUGUAAAGAUUUAGUGAACGAUUAUUUUUGCAAUUGCACAUCAGAAUGGAUGGGAAAGAAUUGCAGUGAGGAAUAUGAUGCAUGUUCAUUUAAACCUUGUCAAAACAAUGCCACGUGUUCUUCACUAAAACGGUUUCGGGACUACAAUUGCUCAUGUGUAUUAGGCUUCGAUGGUGUCAACUGUGAGAAUAAUAUUGACGACUGUAAAAAUGUGACGUGUGAAAAUGGCACAGUCUGCUUUGAUGAAAUAAAUUCCUAUCAUUGUGCUUGUCCAAUAGGAAUGAAAGGAAACAACUGUUCAGAAGACAUUAAUGAAUGUGAAAAGAAACCUUGUCAACACAAUGGCAAAUGUUUAAAUAGUAUUGGAAGUUAUAAAUGUGAGUGUGAUUUUAAAAUAGAAACAAUUGAGAACAAUGUGCACUUAAAAUACCCAACUGGUUACAACGGCACCAAUUGUGAGAAUGACAUUAACGAAUGUAAUUAUAUAUUUCCUGGUGAAAAUCAUGGUAUCUGCUUGAAUGGUGGUCAUUGCACUAAUCGACAAGGAAGUUUUUUAUGCACCUGUGACAAUUCUGGAAGUGAGGGCAAAUAUACUGUAGGUCGUAAUUGUGAAUUAUUUUUUGACUACUGCACCAAUUCAACUGGACGCUGUCAAAAUGGUGGCACCUGCAAGUCUGACCCAAAAGAGAAAUUUGUAUGUAGUUGUAAAGUUGGUUUUACAGGUAAAAACUGCGAGAUUAACAUCGAUGACUGUGUCAACAAUCCGUGUCAGAACAAUGGAACAUGUGAAGAUGGCAUCAAUUCAUACAACUGUUCAUGCAUCAAUGGAACAGAAGGCAAGAACUGUGAGAUCGAUAUCAAUGAAUGUGAAAGCAAUCCUUGUAAAAACUUUGGUCAAUGCAAAGAUCUUUUGAAUAGAUAUCAGUGUAAUUGUACAGACACUGGCUUCACAGGACCAACAUGUUCAAAGAACAUUGAUGAUUGUCUCAGCAAUCCAUGUCAAAACAAUGCAUCUUGUAUUGAUGGUGUGAAGAACUAUACCUGCAAAUGUUAUAAAGGUUACAAAAGCGAGCAUUGUGAGACAGAUAUCAAUGAAUGUUCAAUUAAUCCAUGCGUCCACUCUUAUGCAUGUCUUCAGCGUUCCAACCAAUCGCUAUAUGGUCAGAAUCCUCCGUAUUUUGACUCUCCUCAGUUUUCCUAUGCCAAUGCCUCUGGCUAUAAAUGCUUAUGUGAAACUGGUUAUGAAGGUCAUAACUGUUCCCAAGACAUCAACGAAUGCUUGAGUUUAAACUGUGUCCAUGGUAACUGUAGUGAUUACAUAGGCUUUGCAAAAUGUGAUUGUGAUGAAGGAUAUGAAGGUAAACUUUGCAAUACAGAUAUUGAUGAAUGUUCCAGAAGUUAUUGCCAGCAUGGAUCAAAGUGUUACAAUGGCGAAGGAGUCUAUAAUUGUACCUGUUUAAAAGGUCCCUCAAAACCUUGGUAUGGUGGAAAGAAUUGUUCCAUUGAGUUGACUGCAUGCAAUCAUAACUCUUGCUUCAAUAAUGGCACCUGCAAUCCAUUCUUUGAUGAAAAUAACUCACAACAUUAUUACACAUGCAGCUGUUUGCCUGGUUUUAAGGGAAAAGACUGUCAAGUCCUUACCACCAUGUCUUUCAAUGGUUCUUCUUUCUUAGAAACAAAAGCUCUUGCCACCAAUAAACUGAUAAUAGAAUUUCAAUAUCAAACAACAUUGGGAAAUAUUCUUGUUUCCACGUUUGUAUUACAAAAUAACAAAUACCUCACCUUUCAGCUGAGACAAGGUCAGCCUGCUCUUGUGAAUGAUAACAUUACCAAUUUAAACUUUGAUACGGUCAAUAAUUCUGCUUGGCAAUUUAUUAAGUUUGAGUUUAAUUCAAAAGAGCUCCUUGUACAGAUUGGUGGCUCCUUGAAGAAGUUUGAAUUGACAGAAGAAACAACUGGAGAAGUUUCAUUUGGAAAACUGCACAGUAACUUAUCACCAAAUUUUAAACAUUCAAGUGCACCGUUUAUUGGUUGUCUACAAGAUGUUUCUGUUAAUGGGAAUAUCCUCUUGGCUACCAAUGCUUCAAAAGUUGAACAUGUCACCAUGAGUUGUCCACGCCGUGACCAGUGCUUAAGUGAUUCCUGUAAUAAAAGAGGCGGCUGCAUUGAUCUUUGGUUUCAAAGACAAUGCAUAUGUGACCGACCAUAUAUUGGAGAUACUUGUCAAGGCGAAGUUACGGCAGGAACCUUUGCAUUCAAUAUGACAUUGAGUUUUUCUGAAUACAACUUAACAACAAUCCAAGACCAGUUACAAUCAAACCUUGAGUUGUCCUUUUACUUCAUCACUCGCUAUAGUGAUGGUCAGGUGGCAUAUUUUAGUGAUUCUGACCAAACAGGAAGCACUUCUGGAUCAUUCUUCAGUCUGAGACUACAGGAUGGCAAUAUUGUCACAGAAUUGAAACGUUGUAAGGAUUUCAUUUAUAAAACCCCAACCAAAUAUGAUGAUGGCCGAAAGCACUUUUUGGAAGUAAAGGUGUUUCUUGAAAACAUCACCUUGGUUGUUGACUCUUUCAAUAUAACAAAGAAUUUAGAUGAUCGAUGUGUGUUGAACACGAGUAUAUUGACUGUAGGUAAGAAACCUGACAGUCCAAGUACUCGAAAGCGCAGAAGUAUACAACCUGUUGAAAAUUUCCGAGGAAUUCUACAAGAUAUGGCAUUAAAUAACAUGUCAGUUAUCUUUAAUGAUAACUCCAGCAAUAUUGUGAGGUUGUCAAACACUUUACUACCAACUGCCACUAAAAACGUUCAGUCAGGGGCUGUUAAAAAUGAUCCUUGUCAGCUAGUUAAACCAUGUGGCAACAAUUCUACAUGCCAGUAUUUUGAAUUUGAAGAUUAUAUUUGCAACUGCACUGCUGGUUUUACUGGUAAGAACUGCACAGAUAUAGACUUCUGUUACUAUGCCAACUGUCCUAAUAAUACUCAUUGUGGAAAUACUGAAGAUGGAUAUGAAUGUUAUGUAACAGCAACAUUCAACAUAACAUCAAGUGUACUCUAUGAACCAACCCCUUAUAUAAACGACCCUCAGAAUUUCAGUGUACAUUUCCGAACAAGGGAGGAGCAAGGCUACUUGUUUUCUGCAAUUGAUACAACUACAAAUUCAAAUUUUUCUGUGUAUUUGCAUAAUAAUAUUCUGAAGAUAAAUGCUGGAAACAUCAGUGGUGAUGCUUCUGAAAAUGUUACUGAUGGUGAUUGGCAUUUUCUUGUGCUUGCAUGGAAUGAAAAUAACACCUGGAUUACAAUAGAUGGAGUAAAAGUUGUCAGUAUUUCGAAUGUUAGCAUGAACUAUACAACUUUGUUCACAAGAAAUAACUUUACUGUUGGUGAAAUGUUUGUUGGUUGCAUGAAAAAUCUGAGUGUCAAUGGUAAACAUCUUCCACUGUUGCUUGGCACAAGCAAUAGCAGCCGUUCACAGCAGUAUCGACUAUUGCAGGAAACAAAUAUACAAUUGGGAUGUCUGAGUGCAGAUGUUUGCCUCACCAAUAAGUGUGAGAAUCAAGCCACUUGCAAGGACAUUUGGAACAAAUAUAAAUGUAACUGUGUAGCUGGUUACACUGGGGAAUUCUGUCAGCAAGAUAUCGAUGAGUGUAAAAGUAAUCCCUGUAUGAAUGGUGCCGCAUGUAAAGAUUCUCUUAAUUCAUUUACUUGUGACUGUGUCGAUGGAUUUGAAGGUUUAAGAUGUGAGAACAAUACUGAUGACUGUGCUAACAAUACAGUCUGCAUAAACAAUGGUACCUGCAAUGAUCUUGUAGCCGGCUACAACUGUACCUGUACUAACGAAUACACUGGAGACCACUGUGAAUUUAAGAUCAACGAAACAUGCACCAAAACUAAUUGUAAAAAUGGAACUUGCAAUUAUCUUAAUUACACAGACAAUUUUGGAAAGACUUUUGAAGUUUUCAACUGCUCAUGUGAUCAAGGCUUUGAAGGAAAAGAAUGUGAAAUUAAGACAGAUUUCUGUGAGAAUACUACCUGUAGUGGAAGGGGAAACUGUUCAAAUAAUGCUGACUUGACUGGCUAUGUUUGUAAUUGCACUCAGGGAUACGAAGGCAUUGAUUGUGAGUCGAAAAUCGAUUAUUGUAAGGGUUCUCCUUGUAAGAAUGGUGGAACAUGUAAAGAGAAAGGGUUUGCAUAUGUGUGCCACUGUGCUAGUGGUUGGAAUGGUCAGAACUGUACUGAAGACAUAAACGAGUGCGGCAACAGAACAGAAUGGUGCCAAAAUCAAGGUGUAUGCACGAAUACGCCGGGGUCUUUUAUAUGUGAUUGUGAUGGUACUGGCUUCGGAGGUUAUCUUUGUUCAGAAGACAUAGAUGAAUGUCGAGAUGCAGAAAAGAAUCCAUGUCAACAUAACUCGACAUGUGACAAUAUCGUUGGCAGUUACUUUUGUGAUUGCAUUCCUGAGCUAGGCUUUGAGGGUAAAAGCUGUGACAUUCCAAGUUGUCAUAACAUUCAUUGUCACUAUGGCAGUGAAUGUAUUGUCACAGAUGAUGCCUGGUUCUGUCUCUGCCCAAAGUAUUUUGAAGGAGUAUUUUGCCAGUGUAAAGGUCCUUGUAUUUCUGAACCGUGUCAAAAUGGUACAUGUAUUCAAGAUUGUACUGCACAAAACUAUACGUGUCAGUGUGCAGACGGUUUCGAGGGUCGUCUCUGUGAUCAAGAUAUAGAUGAAUGCAAAAUGAAUCCUUGCCAAAAUGGUGGCUCAUGUAAAAACAAUGUGGGAAGCUAUGUUUGUAUUUGUCCAAAUAAUUAUCUAGGGAAUAAUUGUCAUCUAGAAGAUCCAUGUUCAAAAAAUCCUUGCCAGAAUAAAGGAAACUGUUCUUAUCAGCCCAGUCAAGAUAAAACCAAACCUAAUUUCACAUGCGCUUGUUUUCCGGGUUACAGUGGGAGUUCAUGUUCUGCUGUGGUGAAUAAUUCAGAAACAGAUUAUUAUAUAUACAUCAUUAUUGCUGUUGUCCUUCUUGUAUUAGUAGCUAUCAUUGCUGUUACUUAUUUCUUAAUCACAACUCGCAAAAAGAGAGCUACAAGUGGAACAUACAGUCCAAGUCGACAGGAAAUGUCAGGAACUCGUGUUGAGCUUGGUAAUGUUUGGAAACUGCCUCCGACAGAACGAUUAAUAUGAAAGGCUUGGCUGCCUGAAAAACAAACUAAAUUUUUGCUGAAACUAAAUUUCUUCCAUUCCAAUCGCCAUCAUUUGCAAGUAUGAGAUCUCAGGCCAAAAAUGAAUUAUCGUGAGGGUUCUCUUGCCCUCUUCACCUAUCAUUUCAUAAACGUCAGAAAGGGAUAAUCAAAUCUCUAUUUGUCACAAAACAAGGAAUUUUGAUUCUCCCUUUUAUGUUU